UUGCUACUGAUGAGCCAUAAGCGAGCAGAAAUGGACAAAAAGAGUCAACAUUAUGGAAAUAUCAGGUUCAAAUCCAUGGCAAGCUGUUUUCCCGACAAGAUUAGAUUAUUUUUCAACAUAGAUGAGGUGACAUCCCUGCAGCAAGAUUGGAUUCUUUUUCAUCAUAGAAGAGGUGACAUCCCUGCAGCAAACGCCUGCUGCGCAAGUGGUUCAGUUUCCUUCUGCUGCCCCUGACGAUCAAUCCGCCAUGAAGUUGAAACAUUCCAAAAUGGAGAACCACACUGCCAACGUUCAGAAUGUCACCUCGCUUGUAAACAUGACCAGAAUGCCUCUGAACCCAAUGGAAGAGCAAGUUGUGACCAUAUUUCUCACAAUACUCAUCUGUGGCGUCGGGAUUGCCGGUAACAUCAUGGUGGUGCUGGUGGUGCUGCGUACCAAGCACAUGGUGACUCCGACCAACUGCUACCUCGUCAGUCUGGCAGUGGCUGACCUCAUCGUGCUUCUAGCCGCUGGUCUGCCCAACAUCUCUGAUGUGGUAGCUUUCUGGAUAUACGGCUACACGGGGUGCUUGUGUAUCACCUAUCUGCAGUACCUGGGCAUCAACGUGUCGUCUUGCUCCAUCACUGCGUUCACCAUCGAACGAUACAUCGCCAUUUGCCACUCCAUCAAGGCUCAGUUCAUAUGCACUGUGUCCAGGGCCAAGAAGAUCAUAGCUGGAGUGUGGAUCUUCACAUCACUCUACUGCAUUAUGUGGUUCUUCCUGGUGGACACUGAUGAAAGAGUCUACGCUAAUGGAGUGGUGGUUACCUGUGGCUACCGUGUCUCCAGGAGCCUUUACAUGCCGAUCUACUUCCUGGAUUUCAGUUUGUUCUACGUCAUCCCUCUCAUGGUGGCGACCGUGCUCUACGGCCUCAUCGCCAGGAUUCUCUUCAUGAGCCCUGUGCCGUCACACCUGAGCAGCAAAGCUGCAGGGGACUCGGUUCACCAAGGUCGCUCCAGCAACACUAAGAAGGGCCACAAGGGGGCAGUGUUUGUGAGGAAGCAGAUCACCAAGAUGCUGGCAGUGGUCGUCGUCCUCUUCGCCCUACUGUGGAUGCCUUACCGCACCCUGGUGGUGGUUAAUUCUGUCAUCGAUCCACCGUACCACAACACGUGGUUCCUGCUCUUCUGCAGAAUGUGCAUCUACACCAAUAGCGCCAUUAACCCCAUCAUUUACAACCUCAUGUCCCAGAAGUUCAGAUCCGCCUUCAAGAAGCUAUGCAAGUGCACCCGGCGACACAAAGAGGAGGCGACGGAGUACAAUGUACGCAUGUAUUACAGUGUGACCAAGGACUCCUCCCAUGAGAGCAACGAGCUGGUCACUGAGCAGGAUGAGGUCAGCGACCGCACCAUCGAGAGGUUCUAUUCAACGGAUGAUGAUGCUUGAUACAGGUUUUGCAUGUACGUACAGAACAUCUUGCAUCAUCAGUACAUGUUAUAUCAUGUUAUUUCAAUGCAGAAGUGCCUUCCACAUCUUUAAAUGUUUGCCAGUGAUCCAUAGGAUCUUCCUAUACUCUCGUUUCUAAUAUUCACAUAAUCCCCCAAAAAACAUGGUAGCUAUGCCCACUUCUUGCAGUCGAUGUGUGACUUUGUGUUUUAUUGUAUGUCAUCUCAAUUCUGUGUACUUCAAUCUACUCCAUAGGACAACUAGUAUUAUCAUGGAGAUGAGUAAGUGAUUUGAAAUGCAAGCUAGUUGUAAUUUCAUCAAUGCAUUCUUGCCAACACCUGAAACAUUAAUAGAGUAAGUAUAUCACUGAUAUCAUUAAAAAUAUUGUCAAGAGGCAGGGAGUGCUGUGUAUAGUGUUAAUGUGAUAAAUUGUGAGUGUGUGCCUAUGUUUUUGUAUGUGUGUUGCUGAACCACAAGUGACAUUCAAUUGUUCCAGGUGCAUUAGUUCAGCAGCAGACAAAUUCCCUUACGAUAGCUAUUGUAUAAAUUUGAUGAGUUCAUGUGCUAAAAUUGAUACCUCAGUUGUCCUUGUUUUGAGUAAUUUUUUUGAGGAUUUUUCUUUUUAAAAAGCCAUCUUGCUAAUGUGGGUUGCAAUUGCAGUGUUUCUAACAACCAUUGUGAUAGUCACAAUUUGAAAAAUGCAAAUGUAUUGCAAAAAAAUGGAUUUUAAUAAUCUCGAACAAAUUUUGCAGUAAAAUCAAAAACUUCCAAACAAUCUUUCUAGGCAAAAGGAGAAUAAUCAUGUAUUUGCCAGCCUGGCCCUAAAAAUGAGUGACGACUUUUUUUUUUUUUCCAGAGGAACGCCUAUUCCACCAUUGUAAUGAAUUAAUUUAAUCCCAACAAACUACUUUUUGGUCAGGACAUGUUGGUGACGAACCCCAACAUGCAGAGACGACAGGAUGGAUGCAGAAAAACAUGAUUUAACGUCCAAAAGAAAAUGCAGGAAAACUGGAAUCAGGAACCAGGAAACAGGCAACUGAAACAGCUAACAAGAUACCAAGAAACAAGGAGCUAGGAUACAGCAAACAUGAACAGCUCACAGCAAACAAUACUCCAGCAUUGACCGGUGGGCGAGGCAGGUAUAAAUAAUGGCCUGAUUGGCAUUUGCCACUAGGUGUGCCAGACUGCCAAUCAGGUACAGGUGAGGGAAACAAGCGCUCAGGGAGACGUGCAGGAAAAGGAACCAAAAUAAGAGCGCUGACAGGAAAUAAAACACAAACAGAGGAAAAACUAAAAAAUAACCAAACUAUCAGGGACAAGCCUGACAUUUUUUGGGUGACCCCUGGACAGGGAGGUCAGAGGUUUACAUUGCUUUCGGCAUCAUGACAUCAAUACAUUGACAGCUGAAUCACAAGACAACAACAGCAGCGUAAACAGAAUUCAGUUCGUCAUUUGAGAGAGUAGCGGCUGCACACGCUUGACUACAUUUUUUCCCACAGCACUUUCUUGCUAACGUACUGCUCAAAUUUAUCAGGACAGCGUCUUAUUUUGUGCCAAAAAUGCCCAACCACACGCUCACUGAUUUCAUCAAAGUUACUCAUUAUUGCUGCUCUAAUUUACUUACAAACAUGGCAAAGCAGACAUGAAGCAAGCGAACAUGACCUCUGAUGUCAUCAAAUGUUGAUGCACUGAUUGGUCUGAUGGAUUUGUCUGUUUACCACAAAGACAGCAGGGCACUUGUUGGUUUCUGAAGUAAAAUGGUAGAGAAAUGUCAGGGAUAAUUUGCUGUUAUGGGAUAUUUGGGAUUUACCUUCUGGUGUAAACCAGUGGCUCUCAAACUUUCUUCACCAAGUACCACCUCAGAAAACACUUGGCUAUCCAAGUACCACCGUAAUGACCAACAUUAAAAUACAGUAGCGAAGUAUAUCGAAAUAUUCAUUAUAUACAAGGCAGAGGUUUUAUUUAACAAGCAUAUUUAAUAUUGUUGGCCACUUUAACAUUACACACCCAUUUGAAAAGGGAUACCGUGUUUGGCGUAGCACUAGAUGGAGCCCACAGUUUGAGAAUGUGUGUAUACUAUUUAGUGGUACUCACAGUUCAAAAUCAACGAAAUCGGUUGAUUGUUUUUUGCGCCCUAACUUUUCAUUUUUCAAUCAUUAGUACGACAUCUAACAGUGGCAUUGAGUUUUUAAAUGGUAUAGUAC